CGUGCCGGAAUAGUCGUGUAGCAGUAGAACAGCAACGAUCCGGUUCUACACGGGCAGUGGAUGUGAAGUGAAACACACAGCUUCUCUCAGUGGUAGAGGUGCAUAGUUUUCGUUCUUUCGCAUUUUCUUAACUCGGUUCGUGGCAGUGUGCGUGCGUGACAAAUCAUUCAGAAUACAGAGUGUGGAGCGAAGGGAAGUGCGAGCGGGGACAUGCAAGACUCGUCGAUGCUGUUGAUGAGUAACGACGGCAAAUUGCAAAGAAGCCCUCUGGACUAGUUGGUGUUUCCGUGUGCCAUCGAACCCGCGAUUGAAGAGGAGGCAAGAUGAUUCGACGUGAUCAGCCGACGCAGUCGUCGGCAUCGUCCACCACCAACAGUUCUACCUUGGUGGCAUCCGCAAUGGACGACGGAACAGGACCGCCACCGCCGCCGACGGUGGUACGUGACUUUCGGAGCAGAAGCAUAGACGGACCGAGGCGUGACAGCAAGGAGAGGAGCAGCAGCAGCAGUAAUCAAUCGUCGUCGUCGUCGUCAACAAUCUACAUGCCGGUCGGAGUGAUUCAAAUCAAGGAGGAAGCCAGCGAUCCGGAUAUACACGCCGAUUCGGAAGUUUCGCUCGAUGCCAACAGUACCCUCGCCCAGGUCCUGGAGGACUUCUCCAACGACGAAGCACCUCACGAGCCGGAAAUCGAAAUCAAGACCCAUUCCAGCCGGGUGCUGGAGGAGCCGCCUCCGUUCCGGAAGCAUCACUUUAGCGCCUCGCAGAAAGCCCUCCACCUGCAGAUGGGCAAUCUGGCCUACCAGCUGACGGCCGAUCAGCUGUUCAAACCGGGCCCCGUUAAUCUGCUGACGAAAGAUAUGCUGGAGCAGAAGAUCACCGAAAAGGAUCCGGAUUUGGUGUACCGGAAGCAUCACAACAACAACAGCACCUGGGCGCGGUAUAUGCCGAUGUACUACAAGGGAGUCAAACAGAACUACGUCCGCUGUCUGGAGUGCGGUUGGUUGGUGCUUCACAAGGCCAGCACCGGAACCGGUUCACUUCUGAGGCACAAGUGCAAAAUCAAACUGCCAUCCGGGGUGGAAGUCAAGAUCGAACAACAGCCACCGUCCAACAGGAAUCUCCCGUCGAAAGCGGCUACCGUUGGAUCCACCUCAUCACACGCGGUCAAGUUCCAAACGACUGUCAUGCCUCAGAACGUGGUGGACGACCUGGUGCGUCAGCAGGCCUGCUUCCUGUACAAAGAUCUCAGCAGCGUGGAUCUCUUCGACAGCCACAGCUUCCGAACCUUUGCUCAAAUGUUGGUCAACAUCGGAGUCUACUACGGGCAACAGGACAUUGCAUUCCUAGCCGAUCGAACGAGACUGAUGGACCAAGUCCUACCCACAAUCUACCAGCAGGCCCGCAUCCAGCUGAAUCAAGCCCUGGUGGACUGUGACCUCAGCUACAGCUUCAAUCUGUUCCGGAACGAAGUGGAAAACAAAUCCUUCGCUACGAUCAACUCCUACACCGUCGCGGAAGACUACUACUUCCGCAAAAUCAACGUAAAGACUGUGCCUGUGGAAGACUUGGAGUCCUUCAUCGAGGGACUUCCCACGAUAAUUAUCGAUAUGAUAGAAAAAGAACACAACGAACCGCUUAAGCUAGUGUACGGAACCAAGCUGGACGUUCGAAGCGACGACUUCGAACUGAUUCCCUGCGUGGUGACGGCCCUCUGGGGCAUCAUGAAGAAGAUUAUGGACAUGUUCAAAUUCGAUAGCGAGCAGUACGUCGAGAAGAUCUUCCUCUCGGAAGACGACGAGGAAGAAGAUGCGAUGAAGAAAAUCUUGGCUCCGUUCAAGGAACCGAUCAAAAGUCUGGUGUCGGAUGGCAACGUGACAAUCACCGAAGUGGUCCUGUGGAAGAAGAAACUGGAACGGCACUUCCGAGUGGAGGAAGCCGAUGACGAGAACAUGAAGACGAUCAAAGAAGCAUUCCAGAUGCAGAUCAAGCAGAGCUUGAAGCUGCACGAGUACCACAAGAUAGGCGUCUUCCUGGAUCCGAAAUUCAAGGGACUCCGGUUUCUCUCGGAAGAGGAACGCAGCGAAACGUUGGCGAUCGUUAAGGCCCAACUGCGCCGCGAUCAGGACGGAAUAGAGCAACUGAAGAAGCUCUACUCCAGCGGCAAGAAGGACAACGUCGAAAUCCGGAAGGAGACCAAAUUCUACGAAUUUAUGGACGCCUCGCUGGAGGUGGAAUCGGCGGAUGUGGUCGACGACGAGAUCCGCCAGUACGUGGACGUCAAGUUGGAAUCGCCGGUCGACGUCCUAUCCUACUGGCGCAACGAAAAUGCAUUCCCCCUGCUGAAGAAACUCUGUCAGCGUGUACUGAACAUUCCGGCGGCCUGUGAUGAUAUGAAGCUUCGCUUCGGGCGGGCCGACCAGCGGGAUUUCCUCAAGAAGCGUGCCGUCCUGCGGGAGGAGGAAAUCGACAUGAUGCUCUACCUGAAUCAAAAUGGGCCGUGAAUAAAUAGAAAGACAAGACUUGAA